AUGGGUGCUUCCGAAUCAGUUCCUACGGGUUCCCAGAACCCGGAAGAUGGGAUCACCACAGUUUCGGAGCGUACACAAGGUGUUGACCCCAUUUUGCAGAGACUUGAGUCACUCCAAAUUAGCAAGCCAAUACUGACCACAGCCCCUGCAGAGGGUACCUUGACUGAUAUACUCGUCCCGAGAUCAGUUUCUUCUUCCACUUCUGGUGUUGUAAAUCCUAAUGUACUACUGGAGCUCUUCUCAAUGUAUCGUGAUUGGCAAGAGGAGAAGGCCCAAAAAAUAAGUAAAAAGCAGGAAGAGAUUGAAAACAAAAUAGAAGUUGUGGAUGCUUUGGCUGUGAAGCUUCUCCAACGUUUCAAUUACUCAGCUUCAUCUAUGAAGACAACAUCUAAUCACCUAUCAGAAGUCCAUGCCUUGCAAGUUGAACUUGGAGAGUUAAAAGGGAGAUUAACUGAGGUGAUUAGCAAUUGUGAUGCAUUGUGCAAGCGGAUUUCUAGUGAGGGUCCAGAAUCGCUGCAAUCUUCUGUCAAGCCAUUAACAGCAGUAGUAGCCUCCACCACCAAUCAGUUAAAGGAGCAAUAA